AUGCAAGAAGAAAUCAUAGAUUUCUUCCGGAAUCCGGCGUUAUUUUUCUAUAUGACGCUGAUGAUGACCGUCUGCGUCGUCAGCGGGUCUCAACAAGUGGGUGAUGUUGUGGAGACAGAAUUUCAUGCAUAUCGUCUUCAUCAAUAUGAAAUCAGUGGAAACAUGUACGGAAGUAGAAAUCAUCGUGUAUCUUAUGAAGCUGUCUCAUUGGGCGCUCGCGCUCUCAGAAGAACAAUGGUCACCUCAUGGCGUGAGGUUCUCACACAUGACGUAGACGACAUGUGGGCUUUGUCCACUGGUGCCGUUUUAAUCUUCAUUCCGGAUAACCUCGACGAAUUAAAUGAUAUUGACAGAAAAGCAUUCUUAGAUCUCGAAACCAAAUUGCUCAACGUGAGAACCGAUUUAGCUGUAUACGUUGCUCCAUAUAAUGAUGAUGCUGCCUCAAUCCUCAAUGAUGUGAACUCCCGAGCUGAAAAGGCUCCAAGUGCUCUUCAACAUUUGAUUCAAUCUCUAUCUGGAAACACCAUCAGUAUUACAUCCUCCGAUCAAAUUCCAGAAUUGACAGAUUCUUACAAGCCAGUUAACGUUGUGGGUCGCUUGAGCAGUGGAGAUCGUGCUUCUCUUACCAUCGCCUUCGUCGCUCAUUAUGACACAUCAUCUGCCGUGCCAGGAGUGUCUCCAGGAGCAGAUUCAAAUGGAUCUGGAGUUGUUGCUCUUCUCGAGCUCCUCGCAGUCCUCUCAAAAUUCUACGACUCCCCAAGCACUCGUCCACCAUAUAAUCUUCUCUUCAUCUGGACCGCCGGUGGAAAGCUUAACUACCAAGGAACCCGUCACUGGAUUGAUGAAUUCCAGAAAGGAAUCGAAGGAUCUGAGUUUUUGGAUUCUGGUGUUAACAGAAAAGAUGAUCGUAUCGACUUGGCCAUUUGCAUUGAGUCGAUUGGUCGGAAGACUGGAGGACUCUACAUGCACGCUGGAAAAACACCAUCUGAAAACUCAGCCGCUGCUCAACUUUUGAGAAGACUCAAUAACAUUGCUCCAAACAAGAAGAUUGAAUUAGUCACCAAGAAAAUCUCUCUGACAACCGCUAGCGCUUGGGAACACGAGAAGUUCAAUAUCAAGAGAAUGCCAGCUGUCACCCUCUCUACCCUGCCAUCCCCAACAGAUCCAGCUCGCAAUUCGAUCCUUGAUCUUCCAUCGACUCUUGACGAGGAAGAGCUCAUUGAUAACAUCCGUCUCAUCGCCGAAGCAGUUCUUGGAUACAUUUUGGGACUUCCAGAAACCGGACCAUCCUCUGAUUCUCGUAUCAAAUCAGAAGUUAGCAUGUUGUCAAAGGAUGCCGUUGACAAGCAACGCGUUCAUCACUUCAUUCGUCAAUUCGCAUCAAGACCACGCCCAGUUGGAGAUCAAAAGGCCACUGAAAGCGUCACGUCGAACUUGGCAUCUGCUGCAGCUGGAUACGGACAAGUUUUCAAGUCCGGAGUCACGAUUACAGAUGCGAAAGCAUUCGGAGUCACACAGAACCGUCUCGUUGCAGAACGUGUCAAACCAGCAGUUUUCGAACUUGUCAUCGCUGCUGGAGUAUUCGGAUAUCUCACUGUUUUCUAUUAUCUUACCACACACUCCCAGAAUACCAUCGAAGGAACCGUCUCAGCCAUCCGCAAAUCGAUCUUCUGA